AUGGAGAGGGUGGAUGACGGUUUGACUAUGGUCGUCGCCGUGGUCGCUGCGGUGACUGUGUCCAUUUCCAGCCAGCACGCCUUGUUGUUGCAAGUGUCGAUUCUUUGGCCUGUAGAAACGCUGGGAGUCCCGCGAGUGCGCGUAAAAGACACAUGUUCGAGCCGAACAAGGCAGUGCAUGGGACUGCUGCUGAAGGUGUGCUCGCUCUUUUGCCGCCGGGUGGGGGGGAGAGGAGAGGUUGGCGGGCGAAAACAGCGGGUUCCGUUUGCUGAUGCCCUGGGCGUAGAUAGGACUGGGAGGGGGAAUUGA